AGAGAGGCAGAGAGGGAGAGGCUGAUAUAAACUACCGACUCACAUGAUUCUGUCAGUUCAGACCUCUGGACACAAACCGCCGCUUCAGUCUGCUGCUGCACAGAAUCUACUCACACAUCUGUCUUAGAGUCGAGUUUAAUCAGCUUCAGAGCAACUCAGGCUGAGCUGAGACUAUCUAUCACAGGUGGAGAGUGACGAGGACACACCACAGACAUCUGGAAAACAUCUGGACUGAUAACUGCUGUUAAUCUGUGAGGAACAAAAACCUCGACAGCACAAGAAGGAAUCCAUCAGUUUAACUUCUUGCAAAGGAUUUUCCUGCUUCUAUAUCGUAAAUCAGGUGGAUUUCGUAAUUGCAGAUCGACUUCUGACAGAUUCAUCAAGUUGAAGCUUCUGUUGGACUUUGUAAAACCUUCUGUUGGAGUUUGUAGAAACUUCUCUUGGACUUUAUUGAAACUUUUGUUGGACUUCUUUGAAACUUCUGUUCGAGUCUGUGGAAACUUCUGUUGGACUUUAUUAAAACUUCUGUUGGACUUUGUAGAAACUUCUGUUCAAGUUUGUAAAAACUUCUAUUGGACUUUAUAGAAACUUCUGUCUGACUUUUAGAAAUUUCUGUUUGACUUUAUAGAAACUUCUGCUGGAUUUUGUAGAAACUUCUGUUGGAGUGCGUUGAAACUUCCGUUAGACUUCAUAGAAACUUCUGUUGGAGUUCGUUGAAACUUCCGUUAGACUUCAUAGAAACUUCUGUUGGAGUUCGUUGAAACUUCCGUUAGACUUCAUAGAAACUUCUGUUGCACUUUGUAGAAACUUCUGCUUGAGUUUGUAAAAACUUCUAUUCUACUGUAUCGAAAAUUCUGUUUGACUUUAUAGAAACUUCUGUUGAAGUUUGUAGAAACUUCUGUUGGACUUCGUAGAAACUUCUCUUGGACUUUGUAGAAAUUUCUGCUGAGUCUUCUGAAGCUUCCUCUGAUCUGAUCUGUAACCAUCAUGGCCGACUGGAGUCUGCUGGGAAACUUCCUCGAAGAGGUCCAGGAACACUCAACUUCUGUUGGCAAAGUAUGGCUGACCAUCCUGUUUAUCUUCCGGAUCCUGGUUCUCGGUACGGCAGCCGAGUCUUCGUGGGGCGACGAACAGGAAGAUUUUAACUGCGACACCGAACAGCCAGGCUGUGAGAACGUUUGCUACGACCGAGCAUUUCCCAUCGCACAUAUAAGAUACUGGGUCCUCCAGAUCGUGUUUGUGUCAACGCCCAGUCUGAUCUACAUGGGUCACGCCAUGCACACCGUUAGGAGGGAGGAGAAGAGGAGGAGUCGGGAGGAAGAGGAGGGAGAGAGGGAGGAAGAUCCAGGGGGAGGAGAUGGAGGAGGAGGAGGGGAGGAACGAGGGAGGAAGGGGGAGAAAGAUGGAGGGAAGGAAAAGAGCGACGGACCGUCGGCCGGUCGGGUUCGUCUGAGAGGAGCUCUGCUGCAGACGUACAUCCUCAGUAUAUUAAUACGCAGCGUCAUGGAGGUGGUGUUUCUGUGUCUCCAGUAUUUCCUCUAUGGGAUCUUCCUCCAUCCUCUUUACGUCUGCAAGGCCUGGCCUUGUCCACAUCCAGUCAACUGCUACGUCUCCAGACCCACGGAGAAAAAUGUCUUCAUCGUCUUUAUGUUGGCUGUUUCUGCCGUUUCUCUGGUCCUCAGUGUUCUGGAGCUGCAUCACCUGGCCUGGAGACACUGCUGCAGGCGAAUCUUCUUCCCCCCGAAGCUCGUCUCUCCCUCUAAGUCCUCUUUAACUCGUCAGCUCUCUUUAUCGCCUCCGCCGCCCUCGACGCCUCCUCCAGACUUCAACCAGUGCGUCAGUGGCUCCUCCCACUUCCUGCCGCUGCCGUUCCCCAACCACCGACUGGCCAACCAGCAGAACUCGGAGAACAUGGCCACCGAGAAGAACAAGAUGGUGGACGAGGUGACGUUCCUCCAGAUGAGCUGCUACUCGGCCGGGUGGCAGAAGAGCAGCGACACUCCGAUCCAAGACGGCGGCUACCUGAGGACGGACACUUCCUGUUACAGUCCAGAGAGCUGCAACCAGAUCCACCAUGGAGAUGGACUGAUGCUGAAGGACAAACGGAGAUUCAGCAAAACCAGCGGAACGAGCAGCCGAACCAGAGCGGAUGACCUUUCAGUUUAGAUUCAACUGAUGUUAGAGUAAACUCAGAUUAUCGUGCAAAAUAGAAAACAUAGUCGACACAUUUAGGAUAAUUCUGUCUGGGUUUCUGUUUGACAUGAAACUCCACACUGUGACUUCAUUUAUAAAUGGCAAGUGUAAAACAAAAGUGAGAACAUCCCUGUGCAAUAUAACUUAAUAUUAAAUAUGUAAAUUUAAUCACCUGCCAGUAGCUGCAUGAUUUCUAGGUUGAACAGCAGGGUGGUUCCCCUUAUUAACAAUCAAAAACAAAGAGUUUAGAAAGAUUAUAUCGAAAAUUCAGGCCCAAAAGUAGAAACUUAAUGAAUCCAGCUGUGAUUUCAAUCAGUCUAACUGCAUAAACAUGGUUAUAAAAUGAGCUGUGGACAGCAGAACUUUCAGUUUUAUGGACUGUGCCUGUCUUUGUCUGCAUCAUGGCUGCAUUUGGAAAAGAACUGAACACAGGAAGUGAAAAAUCCGACUGUGAGGCUUCACAAAGAUCAGGAAAAGAUCCAACCAAACUUGUCAGGACUAUCACAGUGAAUGUGAAGCAUGGAGGUGGAAGUAUGAUGAUAUGGAGCUCCAUGAGUGCAAAUGGUAAUCCAAGAAGAUCAGUGAGCAACUAAAAAUCAAUGAAACAGAGUCAACAGUCAUCAUGAGGUCUAGAAGGAGUCAUAGUUCCACUAAUCAGGAGGUCUAGAAGGAACCAUAGUUCCACUAAUUAGGAGGUCUAGAAGGAGUCAUAGUUCCACUAAUUAGGAGGUCUAGAAGGAGUCAUAGUUCCACCAAUCAGGAGGUCUAGAAGGAGUCAUAGUACCACUUAUCAGGAGGUCUAGAAGGAUUCAUAGCACCACUAAUCAGAAGGUCCAGAAGGAGUCAUAGUUCCACUAAUCAGAAGGUCCAGAAGGAGUCAUAGUUCCACUAAUCAGAAGGUCCAGAAGGAGUCAUAGUUCCACUAAUCAGAAGGUCAGUUCCACUAAUCAGAGCUCCGAAAAUGACUCUACAGACAGUGAACUACUUUCUCCAUCCAGCUGUAAAAACAGACAUCAGCUGCUUCAGACUUGGUUCAGGGGUUCUCCAUGGAAAGUUAGUGUGAAGCUCAGACAGUGAGAAGGAACCUUCAGAACAUCAACCUCUAUGGACGGAGGACCGGAACUAAACCUGGGUGCUGCUCAGAACUAAACUUCCAGAUGAAAGUUUGCUGAAGAACAUGAGAAGAAGCCUGAUGGAUGCUGGAGAACAUUCUCUGGUCAGAUGGAGAUAAAUGAGUUGGGAUCAGAUGAAGUCCAGAUCUUUGGUGUGAACCUGACCAGGACUACCACAGUGGAUGCAUGGUCCUGACAGUGGAGCAUGGAGGUGGAAGUGUGAUGAUAUGGAGCUGCAUGAGUGCAAAAGGUGUUGAUGGCAUUUCUAGAUGCAGCUUGAAUGUCUGAGGAUAAACCAGAAUCCUGUCAUACCAAAUGAGUCAAAGUCUGCAGAAGCUAGAAGAAGAGGAAUAUUCCAGAUGGAGAACAUCCAAAGAACAACAUCACACCAGAACAAAGUGGCACUAUGACCUGGAAAGGAAUAUGUCAUCUCCAAUGCUAAGGAGGGUUAAGUGUCAUCAAAAAUAAAGAUGGACAUACAAAGAACUGAAGAAAUUAAAGAUAUUAAUCUCAGAAAUCACUUUUGUUCCAUUGGGUUUCUACUGUGUGGCCUGAAUCUUUAAUGUAGUAAAACUAAACUUUUAGUUUUACAUCAGAGUAAAUAUCUGAUGUUUAUUUUAAGUAGAGCAAUUACUGCAGCAUGAGCAGGAAGAAUAAUUACACUGUCAACACAUCCUCAUGACCUUUAAUAGACUGUGAAGCUUCCAAUAAACACUGACUUUUGUUUAGUUGUUUUCAUCUGGAGCAUCAUGAACUCUUCAUGGAUGCCUCCAAGGUUUUUCCGCCAAUCUCAUGACAUGUGCAGCUCCAGUUAUUACUCCUUUUAGCUUCGGCAAACCAGUCAUUGCUUCAACAACACCAGAUUUGAAAUUAAACCUGCAGCAUAAGGGCUUAACAUUCAUUUAUAUGUGAAAUUCCCACAUGUAAAUCCUAAAUUUAGCUUUUUACUGGUCAUCAUCUCAGUUAAAGGUAACUUUACAUCACUUUUAUUGAUCUUUUUGGAUAAUUAAGAUGUUCAAAGAGUUUAAACUGCUUAAUUCUCACUUUUUUAUUUAGUGUUUGAAAUUACCUAAUGGAAUCACUGAAGUCUGGAACUUUUUGACUCCUAAAGCAGCUUAAGUUUUACCUGUGUACUUCACAAUGACUGAUUUACUGUCUGAACUUGGACUCUUCCUGACUGGUUUUAUCCUCUUUAAGUCUUGUUUGUUGUCAUUUUUACUCUCUAUUCAUCGGUCCAACUUGCUUUGGGCUUAUUAGAUCUGUAACAGCAGCCGCUACAGAUAUUUUUCCAACUCUUUAGACUGCAUCUUCACACCAGCAUGAUUUUUAACCAUUUUUCACUUUUAAAAGAUUCUCAAAUCUCAAACUGGUGGAUUUCUACUGCAAAUGUAUUAUGUUAAUUACUGCUGUGAACACAUCUGGACUGAAGCACAGGUGAACACAGUCUCUGAAAUACUCUGUAGAUUGUGUGUGCUGUUAUCAGAUUUUCCAUUAGUAUAAUGCUAUUACAAAAAAAUACACAUAUUAUUAGGUCAUUUCUACUAUGAAUGACCAUUUUAAAUUGUUUGAUAUUUAUGAUUCCUCUUGAGUAAUGUGAAAUGUUUGAAAUAAUUUGCAAAUAAAUUUAUGCAAAAUGAA